AUGCCCCCCCUUCUCCAAGCUGAUGUUUAUAUUUCCUCACGGCUACCCAUCGCAGUUCAGCGAGAUGGGGAGUCAAGCAGUUUCUCACCUAUCUCCUGCACUCUCAUUCACGGAGAGUACGAGGCUGUCUUAGUAGAUACGCCAAUUUCAACAUCUCAAACCGAAGACCUUGUCAGCUGGAUAAAGGAGACAGCGCCGGGGAAAGUUCUCCGCUACAUCUAUAUUACGCACGGCCACGGUGAUCACUGGUUCGGAAUAUCAGUGCUGCGAAAGCACUGGCCAAAUCUGCGUGCAAUUGCUACACGCGGUACUGUCGAGCAUAUGAAAGAACAAGUCAAGCCAGAAAUAUUUGAAGGAAUAUGGCUUACAUUAUUCCCUGGAAACCAAAUACCACAGCCCCCAGAGCUUGCUGAGACACUGGAGGCACCUAUAUUCGAGAUAGAUGGGAAUGCGUUACAUGUAAUUGAAGUCGGGCAUACUGAUACUUACAAUACCACCGUUCUUCAUGUGCCCAGCAUUAGACUUAUAGUGGCUGGAGAUGCUGUUUAUGGGGAUGUCCAUCAGUACUUCGGAGAGGCAAAUACAACCGAGAAGAGGAAGGAGUGGCUUCGGGCACUUGAUACAAUAGAAGCUCUCGAGCCACACGCUAUCAUUGCUGGUCAUAAACGGGCGGGAACAGUCGAUGGUCUAUUCAAUCUACACAAGACUCGCGAGUAUAUUCUUGCAUUUGAAGAGGCAGUUAAAACAUCAUCAGAUUGGAAGGAGCUGUAUCAGGAGAUGCAGAGACUGUAUCCGGGACGGAUUAACCCCCAUGCUAUUCUGAGAGGGGCUUUGGCGGCGUUUCCAGACAGCUAA